AUGGGAGCGCCUUUCUCCGAUGAUGUCGACAACAUCGGCGAGGAGGAAUACAACUGGUGCAAUACCAAUUUCCAGGUCCCGGGCCAGACCAACUUGAAUGUGUACAUGGGUGGCGAUGGCAACAGGUGUGGCCAGGUGUGCAACAGCGCGGACGCCUGCCCUGACGGCGGUCUUUUUGCCCAGCUCUUCAAUGCUGACGGCGGCGCACAAAUUGGCACAUGCACCUGGGACUCCUCUUGGAAUACCGACUGCGCGUCUGAUGGGUCCCUGAUCUACUCUUCGCGUGUCCACUGUGCCUUCACCCCAUAA